AUGUUACAGGUUAGUCCUGCACAAAAAUUCCGAGAAAAUGCUCAAAAUGGUCAAAGUCCCGAUCGUUGGCAGAAGUCCAAUCAGACAUACCCCAUAUAUGUAGUCCCCCGUCUUGAUUCAACACAGGCAUGUUCUCUCAUGGCUCAUUCGUCAGGGUUCAUCUCCGUCUUCCUCUUCCUCUUCCUUAUUUGUCCCACAACAAGAAGUAUUCAUAUGUGCGAGACAUAUUGCGACCCGAACGAAUUUCCCGUUCAGUUCCCUUUCCAGUUGGUCAGAGACGAAUUAGCGAAUGGAAGCAACACUCGUUGUGGAUACCCUGGUUUUGAACUUUCCUGCAACAAAAGCAGAACGAUGCUUCAUCUCCCACACGCUGGAGACUUCCUGGUGGAUUUAAUCUCCUAUGAAGAUCAAAAGCUUUGGAUCAGAGACCCCGAUAAUUGCCUCCCCAGACGAUUCAUGAACAACGAAUUCAACCUCACAGAUUCCACCUUCCAACUCAGCGAUGAUUAUGGCCUUAUGAACUUCACCUUCUUCAACUGCUCCUCCAACGUCACCCAGCAGUACCAACGUCGACCCAUCCCUUGCUUAAGCUCUGACCUCAACCAGAACCAUUCGGUGUUCGCUGUUUUGUCAGAUUUUCCCUUUUCUACGCCAUGGAUCGAGGGGUGUAAGCCCAUUUCCUCUGCUUCAGUUCCCUCUUCUAUCCCCAAUGGAAUAUUCUGGGGGGACCUGAAUGCUGAUAUAGGCUUGCAAUGGAACACUCCAAGCUGUGGAGACUGUGUGGCGAAGAAUGGACGGUGUGAGUUCUUGAAGAAUACAGGUCUUGAAGUCGCUUGCUAUUUAACACACCAAGGUGGUCUUUCAAAGUUUGCCAAGUACGGAUUAGGCUUUGGAGUGGGAAUUCCUGGGUUGCUGAGUGUGAUCGGAAUCGUGUACAUGUGUAAAGGGAGGCGAAGAAGGAACGAAGAUGGAAGGCAAAGCAGAAAUAUUGAACUGAAUAAUGUCGCAGGGUGGUCGUCUAUAGUAGUUAUGGGGCUUGAUGGAGAAAGCAUAGACAAGUAUCCUAUGACUCGGAUUGGGGAUAGUGGCGAUUGCCCGACCCGACAACAACGUUUGCUCUAUAUGCCUCAGUGA